AGAAAUAUGCAUGGAAUGGCAUCAUCGUCAGCAAUUUUGGAUGUUACUGUUCCUCAUUUGGACAACAUCAAAUUCGAUGGCGCAACGGAUGUCACUCCGUACCUUACUGAGGAGUACGGUUUCAAGAAAAUCAACUAUGCUAGCUUGCCCACCCCACCUGACCGAGGUCCAUUCAUCAAAGAAGUUACCGGUCACUACCUCACCUUGUCAUGGAUCCCAACGAAACGAGCGCCACCACGGUAUCCUCAAGUGUCUUACGUCAUUGAAAUCAGGGAACUUCCAGAAAAAGAAUGGACGUUGCUUGACUAUAACAUUCCGGAACCUGUAUGCAAGGUUCGAAAUCUUGAACUAGGCAAAUCAUAUCAGUUCCGAGUACGAGCUGAGAAUAUCUAUGGCAUCUCUGAUCCAUCACCGGCAUCUCCGCCGUCUAGGUUGAUGGCUCCACCUCAACCAGUACUUGAUAAGAAGACUAAGAAAAUCAUACCGCUGCUGGACCCCUAUGCCGAAAAGGCUUUGGAUUUGGCGCAUGCCGAGCAAUACGCUUGUGCCCCAUGGUUCGCGCCUGGAGUCAUUGAAAAGCGGUAUUGUGCUGAAAAUGAUGUGCUACAAUUGACGCUGAACGUCUCUGGAUAUCCUGAUCCGGAGAUCAAGUGGAAAUUCAGGGGAUGGGAUAUUGAUACUACAAGUGCAAUGUCUCAAUGUAAGGUAUAUACGAUCGGCGGUACCGAGACGACUUUGUUGAUCAACUCCUUCACAAAGGUAUACAAUUUUCAUAAGUAUGAAUAA